AUGUCCGAAGAGGAUCAUCAACUCUACUUCCACCACCACCGCUACACCGGCGCUGGCGACGACGCUGCUCCCGUUUUCCCCAACUACCCAUCUCCCGCCGCCGGCGGGUUCCUCGUCGACAAAGCACCACCACCAUCUGCUUCUACUCCAUACAACAACAUGAGCCUCACCGACUGCCUCCAUGGAUCCGCUGAUCACUACCACUCCCUCGCCAAAGCCUUCGCCCUCGACGCGAACCCAUCGCCGUCGUCGUUGUCCUCGAGCGAAGUGGAAGAUCAUCAGGCGGCGGCGGUGGAGGACGAUGGAAGUAAUAAUAUUAAUUGUCCUGACAACAAGAAAGAGAAGAGUACUGGCAAAGGGAAGAAGGUGCAAGGUGGGAAAGGGGAGAAGAAGAAACGGCAGAGAGAGCCGCGGUUUGCGUUCAUGACCAAGAGCGAGGUGGAUCAUCUUGAAGAUGGCUAUCGGUGGAGGAAAUCAUUCGACGACCCAUCCGUAGUCGUCACUACCUACGAAGGUCAGCACAACCAUCACCUUCCUUCCACCCUCCGCGGCAACGCCGCCGCCGCAAUGUUCUCCCAGUACUCAAUGCUCGCGCCUUCCGUCAUUCAUAGGCCUACCACCAGCUUCCCAGCCGAGUUCCUGCUCCAACUUUCCUCCUCUCCCUCGUCGCCGUCACCGUCCGGCCACGUGGGCUCCUUGGUGUACCCGGGGCAGCAGGAGUUCUUCUUCCGGCACCACCGUAAUAAUCAGCCGCAGCAGUUGCAGUUCUCCGGCGACGACGACUAUGGACUGUUGCAAGACGUCGUGCCUUUCUGUGUUCGUUAA